AUGCCUGAGGGAGAGGAAGACUUCUCCUCUUUACCUUUUUCCGACCGCUUCACACACAAGAACUGGAAGGUUCGAAAAGAAGGAUACGAAGAUGCCAAACAACUAUUCGAGAAAACGGGCGACGAAUCGGAUCCAAUUUUCGCACAAUUCCAAGACGCCAGUUUAUGGAAAGGCGCAGUUACAGACUCCAACGUUGCUGCACAACAAGAAGGUCUAGCGGCAUACUGCGCCUUUCUGCAAUUUGGCGGCCCUACCGGUUGCGCGAGGACGCGCGGAGCUACAAUUCCCGGUAUCGCCGAAAAAGGUUUACCACAAACCAGACCCGCGGCAAAAGCUAGCGCGCUUGAAGCGUUGCUCCUGUGCGUUGAAUUAGACAAACCCGAACCCGUUAUCGAAGAUAUCCUUCCCGUUCUAUCACACAAAGUGCCCAAGGUCAUCGCCGCUACACUGACCGGAUUGACCGCCAUUUAUCAUAAUUUCGGUUGCAAAGUUGUCGAUCCUAAGCCGGUGCUGAAGGCUUUACCCAAGGUUUUCGGGCACGCUGAUAAAAACGUCCGCGCGGAAGCACAGAACCUCACAGUAGAACUGUACCGAUGGCUCAAAGAAGCGAUGAAGCCCGUUUUUUGGGCAGAAUUGAAGCCGGUCCAACAACAAGACCUGGAGAAAUUGUUCGAGGCGGUGAAACAAGAGCCACCUCCUAAGCAAGAGAGACUGACCCGAGUUCAGCAAGCUGAAGCCGACGCGGGUAUUGGCGGAGGUAGUGAGGCCGGCGAAGCCGGUGGGGAGGACGAUUACGGGGAAGACGAUGGGGGCGAGGUUGAUGCCUUUGAUCUCGCCGAGCCUAUCGACGUAUUUCCCAAAAUUCCCAAAGAUUUUUCCGAAAAGUUGGGGUCAUCGAAAUGGAAGGAUAGGAAGGAAGCCUUGGACGCUUUGUAUUCGGUACUGAAUGUGCCGAAAAUCAAGGACGGCCCAUUUGACGAGAUUGCGCGGGGCCUGGCGAAGUGCAUGAAGGAUGCUAACGUCGCGGUUGUGACCGUUGCAGCUAAUUGCAUUGAUCUUCUCGCCAAAGGUACUCGCAGCGCGUUUGUCAAACAUCGUCCUACGGUCAUGUCGCCGAUUAUGGAGCGGUUGAAGGAGAAGAAGCAGACGGUUGCGGAUGCUUUAGGGCAAGCUCUAGAUGCCGUGUUUAUUGCUACUAGCCUGGCAGAUUGUCUGGAAGAAAUCUUGGAGUUUGUCAAGCACAAGAACCCCCAGGUAAAGCAAGAAACUGUCAAGUUCUUGAUUCGCUGCCUUCGUACCACUCGCGAGGUACCCUCCAAGCCAGAAACCAAAUCAAUAGCCGAAGCUGCUACCAAACUCCUUACCGAUUCAAGCGAAGUCAAUCGUGCAGGAGGUGCGGAGAUCCUGGGUACUCUAAUGAAGAUUAUGGGUGAACGAGCGAUGACCCCUUUCCUCGACGGACUGGACGAUAUUCGAAAGAAUAAGAUCAAAGAAUACUUCGAGACAGCAGAAGUCAAGGCCAAGGAUCGACCAAAGCCUAUCGUUGGGGCACCAAAGGCAGCUCCACCCUCGGCGAAAAAGCCCGUUGGGACUAAGAAGCCAUUGGGACUGAAAAAGCCUGCCCCAGCGCCUGCACCACCCUUGGAGGAACCUGCCCCUGCCCCUUCUCCGGCGAAACCUGCAACGAAAGCUAUCCCCUCGAAGCGUACCCUUCCAACUCCAGGCGGUGCAUUGAAGAAGAAGCUGGGUGGACCAGGAGGUUUAGCGUCACCCCAGAGACGAGUUAUUUCACCACCCUCAGAGGAGCAGCCACAACCACCCCCAGUUUCAAAGUUUGGCCUCGGAAGAGGGCUAGCAGGCCGUCCAAUUGCGAGACCACCAGCUCCAGCCGAGCCAGCGCCAGCACCAGUGGCUCCCGCUGUGAGUGGGAUAACUGCUAUAGAACGGGCAGAGCUUGAGGAACUUCGACUCGAAAAAGAACGACUUAGCCGCAUUAACGAAGAAUUGAAGUCCGAGAAAGCGAAGUUGAGCACUACGAUAGGAGAACUCCAAAAUCAGAAUGCGCAGCUCAUCGAAGACCAUACAAGAGACGUUCUGAGUAUUAAGGCUAAAGAAACCCAGCUUACCCGGGCACGAAGUGACGCGGAGGCCGCCGACCAAAAUGUACAGAAGCAAAAAAGGGAGAUUGAGCGCCUGAAACGUGAGCUAUCCAGAGCCCUUCGCUCUGGGGCGAUGAACUCUCCAACCACUAUUCCUGACCAGUUCGGCAUGACGAUACCUGAUCCAAGCUCCUUAUACCAAGACCCGGUCAAUAAUGGCCAUUCUGCCAUGGCGCGAAGCGGUCUCCAUAUGGGCCCCCGAUUCGAAAGUACACGGCCACGAAGCUAUGCCUCAGCCAGCCCGAGCGAGGAAAAGGAAAAUGGCCUGGAAUCGCCAGGACUUGGUCGCCGAAAGUUCAGCCCUACUUUUGGAAAUGCUUACUCUGGCAUGGCUAGCCCUACAAGGUCAUCGAUGGUCGGAUCAGGCAGUGCCUCAGGCGAAGAACAGCUGACACGAAGUACGGAGCCGGCAGAGAACUGGAGGAGAGCCGCUGAAGUCACGAGUCAACUGAAGGCUCGGAUCGAACAAAUGAAGGUGCGCUUAUCCAUACCCUAG